UCUUUGAAGAUACUCAUCUGGUUUCUCCACAUUUUCCCCUUAAGUUGCUCAUCUGCCUCCAUUUGCUCUCUCUCUCUCUCUCUCUCUCUCUCUCUCCCUCUGCGAGUUUCUGCAGUCAUGGCUCAAGAUGGGACAUUGACUGCUCCUCUCAUCGUUGAUGAGAAGGAACAUAAUUUCAGACAGGAAGAUUUAGAGUCAAACUACACUCAUUAUACCAAAGGAACAACCUCUACCUUCAAGACCAUUGUCAAUGGAUUAAAUGCUUUGUCAGGUGUUGGAAUACUUUCGACUCCAUAUGCAGUAGCAUCAGGAGGGUGGCUGAGCUUGAUUCUUCUCUUUAUCAUUGCCAUUUCAGCCUUUUACUCAGGCUUAUUGAUUAAGAAGUGUAUGGAAGCAGAUUCAAACAUCAGAACUUAUCCGGACAUAGGAGAACGUGCUUUUGGUAGCAAAGGAAGACUUGUGAUAUCGAUUUUCAUGUACACAGAGCUCUACCUAGUCGCCACUGGUUUUCUGAUUCUAGAAGGAGAUAACUUGCAGAACUUGUUUCCUAAUGUGGAACUUGAAAUGGCAGGAUUCCACAUUGGUGCAAGACAGACCUUUGUUGUAAUUGUUGCUCUUAUUAUCUUGCCUACAGUUUGGUUGGAUAAUUUGAGCAUCCUCUCUUAUGUCUCCGCUAGUGGAGUUUUAGCUUCUGCUAUAAUUCUCUGUUCAAUCUUCUGGGCUGGAGCAUUUGAUGGAAUUGGAUUUCAAAAAAAGGGAACCCUGCUGAAUUGGGAUGGAAUCCCUACUGCUGUUAGCUUAUAUGCCUUUUGUUACUGUGCACAUCCAGUCUUCCCCACCCUGUACACAUCUAUGAAAAAGAAGCAUCAGUUCUCUAAUGUCCUGCUUAUUUGCUUCAUUUCAUGUACCUUCAGCUAUGCAUCAAUGGCAGUUAUAGGAUACUCUAUGUUCGGGUCUGCAGUUGAAUCACAGGUAUCCUUAAACCUCCCUACCACAAAGCUAAGCUCAAGAAUGGCAAUAUACACCACCCUGGUCAAUCCCAUAUCAAAAUAUGCGUUGAUGGUUACGCCAAUAGUGAAUGUUACCAAGAAUUGGUUUCCAUGGUACUGCAACAAGAAGCCCUUCAACAUUUUCAUUAGUACUGCUUUGUUGAUGAGCACUGUAAUUGUAGCCCUGGCUGUCCCUUUGUUUGGUUACCUCAUGUCCCUGGUUGGAGCAUUUUUAAGUGCCACAGCUUCAAUUAUACUUCCAUGUUUAUGUUAUCUGAAGAUUUCAGGCACUUACAGGAGACUUGGAUGUGAAGUGGUAGUAAUAGGGGGAAUUUUAGUAUUGGGUGUUGCUGUCGUAAUAUUUGGUACUUACACUUCUCUCUUGCAAAUUGUAGGGCAUUUGUGAUCAUUAGCUAAACCAUAAUGGUAAUAUUUUUUUAAUUAUUUUUUAGAAGGGAAGGGGAGAUGCCAAGAUUUGAGAUCCUUACCUUCCACACUACAAGAGAAGCAAAGGGCAAAGGGUUGUGCUUAACUAGUCCAAUAACUAAAUUUUUAUAUCCUGAUUGUAUUGUAGGUGUGUAGACAUUAAUUGCUAGUAAUAUACUUCGGAAGCUUCAAUUAGUUUAUUUCUCG